CUUCGUUGUCUGGGAAAUUUCAGAAUCGGUGACAGCUUCAAGGUUCAAGAAAUGGAGAGGUUUAUUGAGUUUUAUUUUAAUCUUGGGCUGAAGUACGAAGACAUUCGGGUGGCAUUGGCAAGGAGACACAACUAUAUCAUCAGUCUCCGACAUUUAAAGAGAAUUCUCGCUGAAAUGGGACUCAAUCGAAGAAAGGAGUAUUCCAGCGUUGGGGAGCUGGUGGAGUUCAUCCGAAAUCAGCUGCAAUACUCCGGGCAGUUGCACGGCUAUCGGUGGAUGUACGCCAAAUGCAGGGAACAUGGCCUACGUGUCAAGAGAAAUGAUGUGUGGCUGGUGAUGAGGGAGCUGAACCCCACGGGUGUUCAGUUAAGGAAAGCAGGGCGUCUCGCACGAAGGAGCUACUUCUCUAAAGGCCCGAACUUUAUCUGGCACGUAGACUCCUACGAUAAAUUAAAGCCGUAUGGUAUUUGUGUGAAUGGCUGCAUUGAUGGGUUUUCCCGAAAAAUGAUCUGGCUUAAUGCCUACACUACAAGUAGUGACCCAAAGGUAAUUGGGGGUUACUACUUAGAAGCUGUGCAGCGGUUAAGGGGCUGUCCGAGAAUUGUGAGGGGUGAUCUUGGGACUGAAAAUGGACAUGUGAGAGCAUUCCAGCGUGCCCUCGUCCCUGUCGGUCAGGACGACACCCUGGAUAGCUACCUAGAGGGAGCGAGCACCGCCAACCAGCGCAUCGAGUACUGGUGGGGGUUCCUGCGUCGCCAGUGCGUUGAGUUUUGGCUGACACUCCUGGCGGACCUCAGAGACCACGGGUUCUUUGAUGGUGAUUUUCUGGACAAAAGCCUUAUCCAGUUUUGCUGCAUGGGACAGAUCCAGGAUGAACUGGAUGACACUGCAUGGACCUGGAAUGCCCAUGUCAUCCGGCCCUCUAGAAACCCCAACGUCCCCAGUGGUCAGCCCAAUAUAAUGUAUGGAGUGCCAGAGCUUUACCAGGCCACAGACCAUCUCUGUCCUGUUGAGGAGGGGGAUAUCGAAGCUUGUGCUACCGAGUGCACCUUUCGGCAGCCCAUCCCGUGUGACCCAGAUGUAUAUCAGCUCUGCAAUAUGAUCAUGGCUGAAUCCCACCUGAAUGUGCCUGAUGACCCUUAUCAGGCUAUAAACUUAUAUAUGCAUCUGAGAGAAGCUAUUACUGCAGCUCUGUAGAUCACCUGCAUGACACACAAACUAGGUCAGUCUACAGGUCUGAGGACCCCCUUUUGCCAUGAGAACUGCCUUACCUGCCUGCAACAAUACUCAUAUAGUCUGUGGCAUUCCAAAUAAGUUAAAUUGUGCUAAGAAAAGUAAAUGCUAGGAAAAUAUCCUUAUACAUGUCCAGCCUGAAACGUUGAUGUAAGGCAGGGUCGAUCCAUGUUCUCGUGUUUUUAAUGUCAAAUCCUGACCAUUCCACCUGAGUAU